AUGGAGGUCAUAUUCCGACUACCAGGGGAAAUAUUCAACCUGGCCGUCGCAGAUCCAUCAAUCCCGAUGCCAGUCACAGAAUCCCCCGUCAUCGCCCCCGGAACUAGAACUGAGUAUGGUCGUCAAGUUCCGAACCGCCUGGCCUGCGCGAAUGCAGACGGGGGAGCUUGUGGAAGAUGUGUUAUUCUAUCUACGCCCCGCAUCGGUCCUGCAGUUGCCUGUGCCUCGCUCUUUGAUUUCGGAUUCGGUUUAGGCCGAAGUGUUACUUUUAGCAUGGCGUUCGUUGUCUUGCUCGCGCAGAGAAAGGGGGAUGCUCCACUUGACUCCUCAAGAGGCUAUCUCCUUAUCACCUUUCCUCCACCUGAACCAUUAAUUGUUCAACUCGCUCUGUUAUAUACCGAGUCCAACAGCACCCUUCCCACCCUCCCACCAUAUCGCAAAUUCACUAUAAUCAACUGCCCCAAAAUGUCCAAUCCGAAGCCCACAAUCGCUCUAAUCCACGGCGCCUGGCAAUCUCCCUCCGUCUGGACCUUCGUUACCCCCCUCCUCGAGAAAGCAGGCUACUCCGUCUACCCCAUCCCUCUGAAAUCACCCGGUAUGGUCCCCGCUUCUCCAGACUUUAGCUGUGAUGUGGAUGUCAUUGGAAGCGGCGUCGAGGCCAUCCUGGACACGGGCAAGGAUGUUGUGGUCGUUAUGCAUUCGUAUGCAGCCGUGGUGGGAUGCGAGGCGUUGAAGCGGUUUCAUGGGGAGAUGUGGGGGUGUGAGAGUGGUGGGAAUGGAAUGGAAAACGAUUGUGCUGAUGCCGGUGCUGGAACUUCGAAGAGAGAUCUGGGUGCAAAAUUGAAAUUCAAAACGGUGGGUGGGAAUGGAGAGCGGGAUAUGGAGACUGCGAAGUUCAUCCCCCGCCGCGGCCGCAUCUUGCACCUCGCCUUCAUUGCCGGGAUGGUCGUGCCAGUGGGAAGGGCCCUGUGGACGCCUGACAGAACGGAGCUGAAAGGAUUCGAGUUGAAGGACGAACUAAUCCGCACCCUCGACGGCGCCACCCGCUUCUACAUCGACCUCCCCGCCCCCGCGCGGGAAUUCUGGUCCAGCAAGCUGAAGUUGCAACCACGCCCCGUCUUCUUCUCCCCCCUCACCUACCCUGCCUACCGCCACUAUCCCAGCUCCUACCUAAUGUGCGGGCGCGACAUGGCCGUCCCCAUCAAGCUGCAAAUGCGCAUGGCCGUUGGGGCCGGGAUUGGCGGGGACCGGGUGGAGGUGCUGGAGGAUGCGGGGCAUUCACCGAUGAUUAGUUGUCCAGGGAAGGUUGUGGGGUUUAUUCGGCGGGCGGCGGGGGAGGCACAGAGGCUUGGGGGAAGUGUUUUGUAA